GCAAACGUUUCAUAAAUAUUCAAAUCCUCCAUUUACAUCAGGAUGGCCACCUUAUCUUUAAGCACCUUGUGCGCGACGGAUGUCACCCAGCCAAAUCAUAAAUGGCGAAAGUUUACUUUUCGUUUGCCAAAGUUUGGUAAUAAAUUGGUUAAAAUUAACCAAUCUUCUGCCGUCUAAUUUGCACUUUUUAGUAAAGUAUUCGGUUUCGUGUUUGUACCUCUGUCCAUGGUAACCCGGAGUUUGGAAUUUCCAGCCUUCGGUACGGUGGUGUACAACGAAUAGCUGAAGCGUUCCGCAUCGUUUGCAGCGUCUGUACGGUCUAAUUAUCCGUGAAAAUAUUUUACUGAACGAGAAUAAGUACUUUAAUUGCUAUUCGCAUUGGGAAUAGCUCACACAAGAAACUUCCGGAGGUGUAAAGUGCCCCAGCAUCGCACCUGAUCUUCCGAGCCCCCGAAUGCCGAUCAUGCCGAAAGGUUUGCGAGCGAAUGCCAUGGUGUGGCUUUAUUUCACCAACGAUGUGGAAGCAAAGAAGGGAAAAUGCCUGUACUGUGGACAAAUAAUAAGCUACGAAAAAUCAACCUUCUCCAAUCUGUCCCGCCACCUAAGGCGGAAACAUGCGAGUUUGUUGAAAAGAGAGGCGGAAAAUAUUAAAGCUCUGCAACAACCGGGCCAUUAUGUGUGGCACCACUUUGAGAAAGAAGCGGGAGGAAAAGCCAAAUGUUCCUACUGUAACGUAUCUCUGAGCUGCCCGAACAAUAUAGUCUGCAAUCUGAUGCGACACAUGAAAUCGAAACAUCCCUUGAUACCGUUGGAGAACCAGCUGGAGUACAUUCGGUCAGACGGGAUCCGAAUGUAUCAAGAAUCACAGUCCCUGGACGACGAGAUUGAAGAAUCGUUCAAAGCAUCAGCUUCGCUGCAUGACUCGGAAGAGCUGGAGCUGAGUUCGAUCGAACUGAUGGGGGCUGAUGAUGGGUCGGACUCGGUGAAAAUUGAAUACGAACAAAUCGAUCCGGACCCUAAGCUGAACGAGGAUAGCCAAGAAGUUAUUGAAGAGAUUGUUCACGAUGCCGACCUGCAUCAGAAUGUUGAUAUCGAGUGUCUCGAAACGAACAGUUCCAGCCAGAUGACGAGUAAUAUGUACGACCAGCCGAAUCAAGAGACCGCACAACCGUCACACGAGUCUACGAUCGAAUUCGGCCACCAAAAUGACACGACACAAAGCGAGCCAACGCACAGCAGUGAAGAUGGUUUGGCUGGCGGGUCGCAAAAUUUCCUGCACGGGUUACAAAACGUUAGCGUAAGGACGGCCGCUUACGCAACGAAUAUCGCACUAGAGCUCGACAGCGUACAGUCCAGGCAGAGGAUCAUUGCGGAAAAGCUGAUUGCGGACGUGCUGUUUUACGCUAAGCUAGAACAUUUGACCGAACACUCCAUGAUUCUGGUGAAAAUGAACCUUGCUUCGCCGAACUUGUAGCGCACGUGCACGUAGACACAUGGUAUAAGUACGUGCGGGUGUAGGAUCAAUUUUAAAGGUAUUUAUUAAGAAUAAAGAAUAGCAAAUUCAUAUGUACCUCAA